CUAUGGCAGCAAAGUUGCUGCCGCAGCCAUUUUGGUUUGCUCUGAGAAGGGGCCGAAACGGUGGUGCGCCGGUCCUGGGCCGGGGGGGUCCUGCCCUGUUAGUGAGGGCGGCAGGAUGCAACGCGGAAAAGCCCGGCGUCCCUGACGCGGCGGCGGCGCUUUCCCUGGCGCCGGGGGAGAUGGACUCUGGAGCCCGCCAGGGCGGUGGCGCCUUGGGACAAUCCCGCGAGUAUAAAUUAGUGAUGCUGGGAGCUGGAGGCGUGGGCAAGAGCGCUAUGACCAUGCAGUUCAUCAGCCACCGGUUCCCAGAGGACCAUGAUCCUACCAUUGAAGAUGCUUAUAAAAUACGAAUACGGAUUGAUGAUGAACCUGCAAAUUUGGACAUUUUGGACACAGCAGGACAGGCAGAGUUUACAGCCAUGCGGGACCAGUACAUGAGGGCAGGUGAGGGAUUUAUCAUCUGUUAUUCAAUCACGGACCGCCGCAGUUUUCAUGAAGUGCGUGAGUUCAAACAGCUCAUCUACCGUGUUCGGCGCACUGAUGACACUCCUGUGGUUCUUGUGGGGAACAAAUCUGAUCUGACGCUGCUACGACAGGUCUCCAAAGAAGAAGGCUCAGCUUUAGCACGAGAAUUCAGCUGCCCUUUUUUUGAAACUUCAGCCGCGUUCCGCUAUUAUAUCGAUGAUGUAUUUCAUGCUCUCGUGCGAGAAAUCCGUAGGAAAGAGAAGGAAGCAGUAAUGGCCCUGGAAAAAAAAUCCAAACCCAAAAGCAGCGUGUGGAAAAGACUAAAGUCACCGUUCCGAAAGAAGAAAGAUUCAGUGACCUGAAAUGGGGGGGCGGGGGGCGCGCACUGUGUGGUGUAUCUGUCAAACUGUGAACUGGAAUAUGUAAUCAGAGCAGUCCAGUGACCUACAUUUUGAGCAUCAUGCUUUUUUCUCUAUUUUUUUGACUAUUUUAAAAGGAAAUCUAACUAUUGGGAGUUUUGAGGGGGCUGCGAUUUACAUUGUUGUUUAAAGUAAUCUUUCCCCAAUUUCAGAACAUUUGGUCUAUGACACAGCAGUGGGUUUUACUUUUGUUUACUGUCACUUUCUGACUUGGAUCCUGCAAAUGUCAUUGACGUAGUUGGUUGAAAAUGCUGUUACCUAUGUUCCUGCACUUUUGAAUGUUUGUCUUAAGGGAUCUCAGCAAAAUGAAAACUGAACCAUGUAGAAUGUCUUUGAACUUUUACUUAGAGCCUAACUUAGUUAAGUCUUUUUUUUUUUUUUUUUUUUUUCCCCCCUUCCCCUGGAGGAUUGCACAACAAAGUUUGCUGCUUUCUGAAAAAGUAAUUCACAAUGUAUGAGAAGGCUUGUCAAGAUCAGUGUUAUGUUUGUGAAGCACAUGUAGCAGACUAAUGGAACAAACUGCAUGCAUAUGUCAGUGAGAAGAACUCAUGUUGAAAUUGCUUUUUGUUCUGAUUGUGCAUUUUUCCAACAAACGAGUAAUGAUUGACUCCAUGUGCAUGUUUAUCUAAAAGUAAUUAUAAGAAACCAGUGUAAUGCAACAGUAUAGUUUAGAUUUUAAACAAGUCAGGAAAAUUAAAAUUAUGAUUCCCAAGGCAGCCAUAACUUGAGAAUAUUUCAUGAGUAUGUAGCAUUUUCUUAAUGUAUAUAGUGUGUUCUUGUACUGCCAUAGGAUAGUAUGUGCAAUGUGAUAAAGUUGCAGGGGCUCUAGGAAACUAGAGCUUUGACUUUCCUGGCUUGCAUGCUUAAAAUCUUAUCUGUAAUGUUGCAUUAGCUUAUGUAUUUGCAUAAAAUUUUACAUUCUUUUCUUAAAGAAGCCAAUAUUGUUAAAUUGCAGUCUCAAACACAGUUUUAUUACAGAUUUUUUUUUUAUGCUUUGAGGCUCUGUACCCGACAUUGCACUGUGUUGUAGAGAGAGAGUGUAAAAUCAGAGAUUACUGGCAAUGGGACUUAGCAGAAAUAACUCCAAACCUGGUGAGACUCUUCCAUUGCAGGUAGGUGGGGAGAUGAGGGGGAAAAGGUCCUGAGAAUGAUAUACACGGAUAUCCCUACAUAUACACAAACUCAAGUGGGUAUAUAUAGCUAUUUGUGCCCAGUGAUCACUUACGCUGGUUAGGAAGCUGGUGUUUUGUCAAGCACAUUUUUUAAAUGGUGCAAAUUAAAUGUUCCUCAUGAAGGACUAUAUAUAUGUCAGUUAUGAAGAUUUUUAAUCUAGAGUUUAUUCAAGUAUAAAAAUAGCAUGAAAGAUUGAUUUUUUUUUUUAAGUAACUUAAUUCACAUAGGUAACUCAGAAAUGGCAAGAGAAAAUUUAGGCUAAACAUAAUUUCUCAAAAAAUCAAAUACUAAAAACUGGAAUUUAAAACGAAAGUGCUUCCUUGCCCACAAAUAUAGUAUCACAACUGUAUUCUAUGAUUGGUUUUGUCAGUUAAGUUGGCCAUACUGGGUUGGUGUCAGAUCUGUAUUCUCAGCCUUAGUUUGACAUACAUGAUCAUUGUACGUUCAGAGUUGGAAUGCAGAGAUGUUAAGAUUUGUGUAUAAGGGAUCCAAUGAAAGCAACAAAUAGGGCAAAUGGGUGAGCCCUCAUGCUUUCCUUCACGAAACUGCUUAGCUUUUCCUGUUCCUUUGCGAACAGCAUCAUAGGAAAUGAAAGCUUUUUAAGUUUGAUUUUUUGUGUAGGAAAUUGGAGAAACUGAUAUAGAAUUUUCUGGGUUUUUGUUUGUUUUUGUUUUUAUACUUUUUUAAAACUGUGCACCUGCACAACAAAGUUGUAUAAAUCAGUUUAUGGGUUCUUUCUUAUAAAGUUCCAUUGCAAAUCCACCUGUGUUGUGCUGUGCUGUGCCACAAUCCAUUACAUGGAAAAAGUAGCUGAAAAUAAUCUAGAACAUUUAGAAUGUAUUUUACUUGUUUGUUGCAGUGUAAGAUGAAAGAGUUUGGUAAAAUUAACUUCAUGAGCAAUGUUGCAUACCUUUACCAUAGCUACUGAUUUAGAAAUUAAGGCCCUAAUAGUUAUUCGGUAUUGGAGUAAGUACUGUCUAUAACCAUGAGAUAAAAAUCCCGGGUAAGCCACACAACAGAAAACAUCCGUGAAAAAAUAUAGAAAUAGUGCACACACACAAAAAGGCUGUUUCUAAUUAAAAGAUGAGACAAAACCAGCUUUCUCUAAAAGUUAAACAGCAUUUUAAUUCAUACUUCUUUUCAAGGAUAGAAACUUGACUUGAACUUCUACUCAGCUACUACUAUGUUCAAAACUUGCAGGCAUUAACAAGACAUAACCUGUGAGCAGCGAUGAAAGCUAAUGGGGCUAAUCCUAUUUUUGCCUUCUGAUAAAUGGUGGGAUUUCUGUGCCUUAAAUUAGCCCUUUAACAAAUUCAAUGUUUAGUGAUUCCAUUUGAGCCUGUUGCUUGUGGAAUUAAUAAAUCUGAAUAGCAAGCACUUUUUUACACAAUGUUAUUCAAGAAGAUUGUUUUAUUUUUGUCAUGUAUACAUUUGUACACAAAGAAAUGAUUUUCAUUUUGACACAAUACAGAAUUUUUAAUUAAA